AUGGCCAGCCCGUGGGCCUACACCCUCCUCUGCCUCUUGCUGGCAGGUACCCUGGCCCGAGCUGCUCUCAGCCCCACGGCGAUUCUCAGCCUCGGCCCGGACAUCAUCAGAGAAAAACUGAUGGAGAAGCUGGAGGAACACAACGCCACGGUCAUCCUCCAGCAGCUGCCGCUGCUCAGCACCAUGCAGGAAGAGUCCACCGGCCUGCUGAGCAGCCUGCUGAGCGGGGCCGUGAACAACAUCAUCUGGUUCAAGGUCACCUCAGCUAGUCUCCUCCAGCUGCAGGUGCAGCCUUCAUACUACAGCCAGGAGAUGUUGGUCAGGAUCCCCAUGGACAUGACGGCUGGCUUCAACACGCCGCUGGUCAAGACCAUCCUGCAGUUGUACUUGGAGACGGAGGCCCAGGCCACCAUCCAGGUGGAGGCUGACGCAGGGACCCCCGCUCGCCUGGUCAUCGGUGACUGCUCCAGUAACCACAGAAACGUGCGCAUCAGUGUGCUGAAUCAGCUCUCCUUCCUGGUCAACUCCUUAGCGGAGAAGGUCACAAACAUCCUGACGCCAGCCCUGCCCAGUUUGGUCCAAGACCAACUCUGUCCUGUGAUCUUGGCAGCCUUCAACGACAUGUACGCCAACCUCCUGCAGCUGGUGACAGAGCCUUCCGUAUUCAACCUCGGGAGUGUGCAGUUUGACCUGCAGACUCCAGUCAUUGAUGGAGACAUCAUCCAGCUCAACCUGGGGGCCACCCUGUUGGACUCAGAGAAGAAAGUGAGCAAAUGGUUCAACCAGACCAAAGCAUUCCUGACCGCACCCGCGCUGGACAGCGCCCCUGUCAACUUUGCCGUGAGACACGACCUGGUGAAUGCCGUCGUGGCUGCCUUGCUCCCCCCCGAGGAAUUUGUCAUCCUUCUGGACUAUGUGGUCCCCAGCCUGGCCGACCAGCUGAAGUUGGCCAUCAAUACGUUCAACGAAGAGGCUGCUAGUCAGCUGGAGGCCACGCAAAGGUUGAAGAUCCGGACUCAGAAGAGCCCCGAGGUAGUGCUGAACCAGGAUGGUGCUAGAGUGGUCCAACAGAUCGUGCUGGACUUCUUCGCCAAUGAGCAAACCCACCGCCCCCUCUUCACCCUGGGCAUCGAAGCCGACUCGGAAGCUGAGUUUUACAGCAGCGGGAACCGGUUUAUACUCAACUUUAAAGGAAUCAAUUCUGAUCGGAUCCACCUGAUGAAUUCAGGCAUUGCUAUAUUCAAUCCCGACCUUCUGAAGGACGUUGUCACCAACAUCCUGGCCUCGGUGUUGAUACCCAACCAGAAUGGUAAACUGAGACCCGGGAUCGAGAUGUCCAUGAUGAAGGCCUUGGGGUUCCAGGAAGUCACAUGGUCUAUGACCCAGGUGGGUGGUGACUGGGCGGGCCCAGCGGUACAAAGGGGAGGCUGGGAUGGGGAUGUGGGGACAGGUGAGCCCCCUGUAGAUGAGGAGGCUGCUGUGCCCUUGGGGGACUAA